AUGAAGAACGCCCACUGCGAGGACGGAGGAGUACAACUUGAAGGCUCCCAAAUCGUGGAAACUCUGUCAUACGUAUACCUCGGACGUUCUAUGAACAUGAAAAACGACUUGAAGGAAGAACUGAAUAGAAGAAUGAAAGCAGCAUGGGCAGCAUUCGCACCCGUCAGGGAAACUACGGACCAACUGACGGACCAAGAUCUUCGUGCCCAUUUGUUCGACUCGACAGUCCUUCCAGCGUUCUGUUACGCAGCGGAGACGUGGGCAGACACCACGGCCACGUCUAGGAAGCUACUUACUACCCACAGAGCCCUUGAGAGAUGUCUCCUGAAGUUUAACCGGCGCACACAACACCUAACCGGUCUUCGCAGCUCCGAGCUAAGAGUAAUGUCCUGUCUUCGCUACCCAUUGGAAUAUAUAUCGAAAGCAAAGCAUAGGUGGGCCGGUCACAUUAUGAGAACAAUCGACGAUAGAUGGACUAAAAGAACGCUAGAGUGGAUCCCAAGAAAUGCUAAACGCCCUCGAGGGAGACCGCCAACGAGAUGGGGUGACGCGUUCGCUACACGGAUGGACCAGCUGAGAGCUCAGCUGGAUACGGCUCAAGGACCUCGUCAACGUCACUCACGAAGCUUGAGAACAUCUUGGAUGACAAUGGCGAGGGAACGAAACGAGUGGAAGAGAUGCUGGGGCCCGCACGUCCAGUGA